GUUGCUUUGAGGGAAGAAGCCGAGAGGCUAUGGCGGCGACCGCAGGCUGUGCCCUGUCCGUGUCCCUGAUUGUCCGGCAGGGAGAGCAAGCGGGUACUGAGUGACCCCGGCUGGUGGGUGGGGAGCCAGACGGGAGGCCCCUCACCCUCUCCCCUCCCUCAUGCCCACCCCGAGUGUCCCGCGGCGAGAAGCGGAGUGCGGCGGCCUCCCCUCUGCCCCGGCCUCCUCCAACAACGACAGUUCCCAGGCCAGCCCGUGCCCCCCGCUACCUCAGAACGGGCCUGGGCCCGACACCGGGCCAGGAGCGACACCACCGGUCAGCUCUUCACCGGCUGUCCCCUUUCCCCAGCCGCCGGCCCCGGCACCUUCUCCUGUACCGGCCCCUCUCCGAGUCUUGCCGCUACCCGAUCAGGCUGGACCCCACGCAGGCGCUAGCGCUCAGUCCCGGCCCCUUUCGGGAGGCGGUGGUAGCAGCGGCGGGAUGCCUCCCUCCCCGGCGUUGAUGAAGACCGUGGCGGUUAGCACCACGGCGGCGGCGGCAGCAGCAACCGGGAACCCGCUCCCAGCCUCCAGGGCUCCUGCUGUCACCGUCCAAAGGAUCAGCGUCUCUUCCCCGCAAGUCAAAACCUCUUCCCCACUCCUGCAAAACCUCCAGGUGCCAGCAGGUAUGGUGCUUGUUCGAAGUGACAGACAGUUAGUGUUGGUUCCACAGAAAGUCAUUGCUCAGGCCCAGGCUAAAGCCCAAGCACAAGCUGGAAACACCUCAUCUGCAGUGUCUACUGGCACACCUUCAGUCCGAAUUUCUACCAUACAGGCGACUGGAACCCCGAGGAUUCCCAAUCAACUGAAAACAUCUACCCAGCAAAUGAACCAAUUCCAAGCUGGAGGCCAGACAAGUGCUACACCACAACGGAUCACAGUUGUGCAGCCACAGGCUGCAGGUGGAGCAAUUGUACCAAAGACUGUAUCAACCAUCGUCCAAAAGCAAGCAUUGGCACCAGCAGACCGAUCAGUUACUGUGCCCAUAGUGCAGACCGCUGCUUCUCCGGAAACUUUGGAAAAUGUGAAGAAAUGCAAGAACUUCCUUGCAACAUUAAUUAAGCUGGCUUCCAGUGGUUCUCAAUCACCACAAAUGUCUAGUAAUGUGAAGGCUUUAGUGCAGAAACUGUUGGAUGGGAAGAUGGAAGUAGAGGAAUUUACGGACCAGUUGUAUAAAGAGCUCAAGUCUUCACCACAGCCUUACCUUGUGCCUUUUCUCAAGCGAAGUUUACCUGCCUUGCGGAAGUUGAUGCCGAAUUCUCAGGCUUUCAUUCAACAGUGCCUACAGAAACCUGUGACUCCAGCUGCUCCCAUUGCAGCUCUGUCCGGUGUGUCAAAACAAGUCAACCCAGGGCAGGCAUCAAAGAACAUGACUGUAACAAGUGCUUCACAGCCGACAAAAGUCCUGCAGAGCUUUCCAUCGCCACAGGUGGUUGUCCAACAGUCCAGAGUACUAGCAAAGUCCCAAGCAAACACGCUGCCACAGACUCAGACAGUGACUUUGCAAAAAACUCCAAACCAUAUCAUUGUGCCCGUACCUCAAAAUCAGGCCAAAGAAACUCAAGCAGGUGCUGCAACAUUGGUGACAAAAGUAACACUCGCACAAGUUAACAAGAAUCCAACAAGUGUUCUACUACGAGCCCCACCUGGUCAAAUACUGAAAAAAGAGGUUGGAGGUACAACUUUCAGGGAGGAGGAUGACAUCAAUGAUGUGGCCUCCAUGGCUGGGGUUAAUGUCAACGAAGAGAGUGCACGCAUUCUUGCAACAAAUUCCGAAUUGGUGGGCACUAUCAUCCGGUCCUGUAAAGAUGAAGCAUUUCUCUCCUCUGCGUCCCUGCAGAAAAAAGCUUUGGAAAUAGGGAAAACACAUGGUGUGACAGAGGUGAGCUCUGACGUUUUGAGCACCAUAUCUCAUGCAACGCAAGAGCAUUUACGGGAGCUAGUGGAAAAGCUCACGGUAAUUGCACAGCACCGGAUGAUGACAUACAAGGAUGAUGACCGAUACAGCCUAAUGAAUGAUACCCGGUCACAACUGAAGUUUUUCGAGCAGUUGGAUCGACUGGAGAAACAGCGGAAAGAUGAAGAUGAAAGAGAAACACUGCUAAGAUUAGCAAAGAGUCGAACCAAACACGAAGACCCAGAACAACUUAGGUUAAAGCAAAAAGCCAAAGAGAUGCAACAAUUAGAACUUGCACAGCUGCAGCAACAGGAAGCAAAUCUAGCAGCACUGGCUGCCAUUGGACCAAGGAAAAGAAAAAUGCCUGAUUCGCCAGGUCUCCGAACAGGAAAUGAGGGAUUGAGCGGAAGUGGCAAUACGGCUGGUGGCCUUCGAGUGACACAGGCCCGACCCUACUUACGGCAGAGGGUAACACGAGUCAAUCUCAGGGAUCUCAUCCUCUGCUUGGAGCAGGACCAAGCAAGGAAACACUCACUGCUCCUGUACCGAGCCUAUCUCAAGUGAAGAAAAUGUACAUGUUGGAUUUAUGCUGGUUGCACACAGUUCUGAAUGAUUUCUACAUGUUGCUUCUAGAAACUGAGACGCUGAACCUUGGGUCGCCCUUGUUUACUCAUGACAUUUCAUUUUUAAAGAAAACUGACGGGUAUAACUGAUUUAGUUUCAAGGAUGAAGCUGAAUUCUUGAAAGGCAAGAUGUGGAUUAUGUAUAAUUUUCUGGCAUCACUUGUGAAAUUUAGUUCCCUCCUGUUGAAAGAUUGAGAGAACUGAGAUGGAGCAGGUAUAUAUUAUUUAUAUGUAUGAUUGUAAUUGUUCUAAGUUGAACUUCCCUACUGAUAACUGUGAUACGCCUUGUUGUUAAAGAGCUUGCAAUGUCGUCUUCCCCUCAGGUGUGCUUUCUCUGUUUUUGUCCUGGGACAUGUUGCCCUGUCAGGAUAAAUCCCUGCCUGCAAUUUUUUUUGAGAUUUUGGAGCUGCCAAUUGUGCAGGGUGGGUAUGUCUGCUGUUCCUCCAGUACUGCUUGCACAUUGCACCCCUCCAUCAGUGAGUUUUAACCAUUACUGCAUCACAGACUUGGUUUUGCAUAUCAGACUUGAACCAGUUAGUUUUGCCUGUCUUCUUAAACCACUUCCGAGCAAUAAUUUUGUGCCCAAUUGAACCAUUCCCUGGUGACGUAGUGCCCUUUUUCUUGAUUUUCUAAGCACUGACUGCAGGAAAAGGGAAUAUCUCCCAUUUUCCAGCCCUUUCACUUUAAUUAAUAUGCCUUUUUCAGGGUUUCAGUUGUAACUUUGCCUGCUUACCAAUCUACUGUGGGCUUUCAGAAGUGUGUGGCAUUAUAAGAAGCCAAUCACAUUCCAGCAGACAUUCAAAAAUUAAUACCUAAGAAAGCAAUGCCGCUCCUGUCACUGCACUGACUAUUUAACUAUUAGCUUUGACAAAGCCUGGAUGAGUAUUUAACUAAGUCAGUUACUAAUCGUGCUGAAAUAAAACUACAGUAAUUCAGUUCGUGUUUAGCAAAAGUGUGGAGUUGAACUGAGGCCCACUAUUGAUAACUGUUCCCAGUGUUUUGAUUAUUAUAUUCAGAAUUCCUGAUUUUGCUUUUUUUGUAAAUAUCUGAGAUGAAGUUGAGUCACAGAUAUGCCUAAACUGCAUGUAGAUUCUGUUGAACUGUAAUCGUUUAAGGUUUUACCCAGCGGCUUUGUGGGUUUCAGUGCAUACGCUGUAGCUUAGCACCCAGAGCUGUACUGUGGGAGAGCUGGACAUGCUACCUCUUAAGUAAAGUGGACUAAAGGGAUCAAUGUCUGAAGAUGUUGUUCCCCUGAACCCCUGUCCAGCAUGUAGACCAAUCAAUGUGACCAAAACUGAUAUUAACCAGCCAUUUAUUUACUGUGUGAAACCAGGUUAUUGCCUUUGCCCAAAGAGCCAGAUUUGGCCACACUUGCAAAGUAGUUGAACUUGCAAAGUAGUGUAACAAGCCAUUCUGUUCCUUACUUGGGGUACCUGUCCUAUCUGCCUCUGAAGAAAGCAGGGAAUUGGGGUUUCAUUUGCAUUUUCUGUUGAUCCUCUAAGUGUCUGACAUUAUUUAUUCCUUGUCCUGGGAACAUAACAAAUGGAAACAAAUUUGAGGUGACUUAGCUCGACAUUCAAUAAUCAUUCUGUGAAAAGCUGCACUCCUCCAUCUACAAUUUCAGGUCUUCCACUCUGGACAUGGCUUCUUCCCUUACAAAAGAAUGUUCUUGAUCUGUUGUAUUAAUUACUUUCGCACUACCGACUAUGGUCACCUCCAAUACAUUCCUUUUUAAUAUUGUCUGCCAACUGACACCUUGCUGAGCAGGUGCACGUUUGUAUGUAGGGAUGGGAAUGGUUAUCUGAACAUCUGAAAGAAUCCUUGUAAUUCUCAUCUAACCUCUGCUCCUCCCCACAUGUUAGAUGCGUGAGCAAGUUAUGAGUUGCUGCACUUGUGAGAGGGGUCUGUGGUUUCCUGGUUGGUCCCCUCCAUCAGCCAAAGACCCACGCUUUAUGGGGUGUGUCUCUGGAGACCAACUCCAAUCCUAGGAUUUCUAUUUUUUUGCAGCUGCCCUCUUUGAAAAGCAAGUGAGGAAACUCGGCAGAAUUGCUUUAGCAGGCACAAGGCCGAAUGUGGUCUUAGAAUGAGCUUCCAGCCUGUUCGAUCAUUCGUGUGUCAGCAAAGCCUCAGCGAGCAGUGAUGUCAGGCAUCAUGUCGAGAGAGUGAGAUGAGUGCACGAAGGCCAGAACAACUGGGUUCUUCUCGGCUGUUAUCUCUCCUGCCGGUGCCCCUACCUCUCCGUGUAGAGAUUUGCCUCAUUCCUGCAUGGUGUCGAUUCAGGCAUGGCCUUUUUUUUUUUGCGUUCUUGUGAAUUUCUCUCACUGCUCCUCCCACCCCAUUGUUAGAUUCGAGCAGACAAGGUGUAGAAAGUAUAGUUGUGGCCAUCAUGUUAAAGCACAGUGGCAACAUGAUGUUCACAACAUUAUUCAGCCACUUUAACACAUCCAGUGUGAUGUUUAGUGUGUUUUUUUUUUCCCCCAUUAAGGAUAGAUGGAAUUUUUUUAAUGUGUGUGUAUAUUAAGCAGCUCAGUUCCUUGGGGAUAUUCUGCAAUAGAAAUGUAAUUUUGAUGCCAUUUUGAGUAAUAUAUAGAAUGUGAUUUUUAUUUUUCAUAAUGUAAAGGUGGGUAAUGACAUGAAAUGUGAAAUAGUUUUCAUGUCUCCGCUGCUUCAUAGUUGCCUCCAAUGUUUUGGAAGUUGGAGGUACAGAAAAGAGAAUGAUGUUCCUUAUGCCACUUGCUGUCCUUUUGGAAUUUCUGGAGCACCUCUGAGCCAAUUAAAACUGGCUCAGUAAAUAGUAAAAUGAGAUGCAAACCUAAGUUAUAUAUAAAAGAAUGUUUUGACCCGUGUGCAUUAUUACUAGUAUCAGGUUCCUUUAUUUGUACAUAAUCCUACAGGCAGUAAAAUUAUUUUUAUUGUGAUGUACAUAAC